UCAGCAGUUGAAUUCUCGUUUCUCGAUUCAGUUCCGAGUUCCGAUCCGAUGUGGUGAGAGGAGCGGCUUGAGCCGACCGACCCCGUACGAGCGUGCGUUGUUUGUUGCGGUUUGCGGUUGUUGUCCCAUCCGCCGGUUGCUACUUGCUUCUGCUUCUUGGCCGGACUUUUCGCUGCUGUCCACCUGCUUUAUCCACCAUCUAACUGACAAAGUGAACAACGUCUUGUCUGUUCAUAGACGGGACAGAAAACCAGAUGACAAUGAGAGCAAGAUGAGCGAAAACAAGACUGAAGACCAGCAGCAGCAAGAGUCUGACAAAAUGUACCGUCGCAUGACGUUAUUAGUGGAUCCGAAAAAAUCUCUGCUGCCUUUGGUUAAUAUCGAUGCGGACAAUUACAUGUUGAGGGAAAUUAACCGGUCGGUCUCGUUGUCCCCCUCGAGGACCGUGGGGAUAACCGAGUCACCGGCCACCCCAUCUUCUUCUUCAUCCCUCCUGCUAGAGCAGGAAGAUAGUGGUGACGUUGAGAUGAAUAAUGCAUCUGCUGACAUAACUGACUCAACUACUAACGACCACGAACUGCAAUCAGCAACCUCAAAUAAUAACCUUAACACCGAUUUUUUUUGCGGGCUCAAUUUAGACCCCAAGGGGCUCACAACUCCUAGUACCAAUGGCUGCGCCCGUGUCCUCUCGUUCCAUCAUAUAUUAUGUUCUUGUGAAAAUACAUGUUGUUGUUAUUGUGGUACUUCUUGUUCUUUAGAUUGCCAUGCCUGCUUCCACAACUACUGCAUGGUGUUCUUCAGCAAGUACAUUUGCCAGAAAGACAAUAAUGCCUUGCCACCAGUUACUUUGGACUAUGAUAAGCCUAUCACGGAAUGGACGACAUCAAACGUGCUAGAAUGGAUGGCCGCGCAAAAUCUAUAUCUGUAUUCGGAUAUGUUCCGAUACAAGGAUAUCAAAGGGGUGGAUCUUGUCAAUUUAGACAGAGAAAAACUACUUGGUAUGGGAAUAAAAGACGAGUUCCACCAAAAAUCCAUUCUAACAUGCAUCGACGAGCUGUUAAACCCAACCGAAGAAAAAAAGCCUGAUUUAAACGAACUAGGCGAAGGAACGAGCACAUCAAAUGGAUAUCCUCAUAAUUGGAUCCAGCAUAGUUUCAACUCCUUAGAAAGAUGCGAAAAAUGUAACAAAUACUUAAGAGGUUUGCUACAUCAAGGUUUCAUUUGCCAAGACUGCGGGUUUAUCGCCCAUAGGACUUGUAUGGCUACCGGGACGUCGUCCUGCACCCGGAGACCAUCAGAGGACGGAAGAGUGCCAUAUUUCCAGUUUAAAUCAUAUUUCGGACAAGGUUUAUGUAUACAAGCUAAAGUAGGAAAAGCUCCUUUGCUUCUGAUUAAGUGCGUGGCCGAACUUGAAAACAGAGCCAAGAACGAUAAGACUCUUGAGUUAUACAACACAUACAGUGCCACUCCACCUGCAGACCAGGUAAACAAACUGGUAAAAAUCAUCGAUACCGAUAUCAAUAAAUUAGAUUUAACGACGUGCAGUCCGGUAGCCAUCGCAGGUGUCAUAAAGAAAUACUUACGGGAAUUGCCUGACCCAGUAAUUCCCGUCCAGUGGUAUGAUAAGUUCUUGGAAGCGCAGAAAAAGAAGAACGACGAGGAGUGCGCCUCUAUUUUAAAACAGCUCGUUAAAGAGUUACCCGAGCACCAUGCGAUCACUCUCCACUUCGUCAUGGCCCAUUUAUGCCGUUUGUGUCAAAUGGAGUUCGCGAGAGGGAACAAAAAUCCACCGACCGUUCUUAUUCAAGUUAUGUGCCACAUAUAUCUAAGGCCGCCAUGGGAUCGUAUUAUACAAGUGGUGUACAACACUCAGGCACACAACCGAAUAGUAGAAAUUCUCUUGCUGCAUUGUGACUGGGGAGAGAAAGUUCCCGAAUUCGCAUCGGCUCCAGCGAUUCCCCCUAGGAAGGUGUCUCGGAUGUGGCCCGGCGACUCCUCCAUAUCAUUGGAACGGGAUAACAACAUGGCUCUACAAGACGCCGAAUGGUACUGGCGCGAUAUUAAUCGCGAAGACGUCAACGAAAUGUUAAACGACACGAUCGACGGUACAUUCUUAGUGCGUGAUGCUUCUAGCAAAGGUGGCGAGUAUACCCUUACGUUGCGAAAGGGUGGAGCGAAUAAACUGAUUAAGAUUUGCCAUCGGGAUGGGAAAUAUGGGUUCACCGAACCCUAUACGUUCAAUUCUGUCGUGGAACUAAUAAACCACUUCAGGAAAGCUUCGCUUUCGCAGUACAAUACGUCGUUGAACAUCAAGCUGAUGCAUCCUGUAAGUCGAACCAGCCAAGAAGAGAUCCAGGCUAAGACGGAACAUAUUGAGAAGCUUGUGGCGAAGUUGGAAUUGAUUCACAAUAAAUUAAUGAAGAAGCAGAAAGAAUGUGAACGAAUGUCCAAAGAUUUUAUUGAGACUUCACAAGAAGUGCAAACUAGACGACAUUCUUUAAGUGCUUUUAGAGAGCUAGUGAAGGUUUUUGAAGAGCAAAUGGUUAUUCAAGAAAAGUUUCAAAUCGAAGCUCAACCACAUGAGAUCAAGAACUUGGAAAUUAACGCGGAAUUCCUAAAAGACAAGUUAAAAAUGAUGGAAGAGAGUUGUGAGCAACUGGAAAAAAAUCUGCAGAGUAAAGAGGCGUAUAAUAGAUCCCUCGAGAGGCAAUUGACUUCUUUAAAACCAGAAAUUCAUGCGUUACGCCGAGAACGUGAUAAAUACAUCCGGUGGCUUUUGCAAAGAGGCUAUACUCAAGUCAAAAUAAAUAGCAUUAUAAACAGAGACGGUGACGAUACAAUAGUAGAGAUAGAAACAGAUACAGAUGAGAUGCCCCAUAACGACCCAAAUACUUGGCUAUUACCAAAUUUGUCGCGAGAGAAAGCUGAGGAAUUAUUAAGUGACCAACCAGAUGGUUGUUUCCUAAUAAGAAAAUCCCCAAAUAACCACAACUAUGUGCUGGUGGUUGUUUGUAACGGGGUUCCCAACCAUUGUAUUAUAAACCAAACUAGCAAAGGAUACGGUUUUUCGGAACCUUAUCACAUAUAUCCAACCUUGAAGGAUUUGGUAUUGCACUAUGCCACAAAUUCUUUGGAGAUCCACAACGACGUAUUAAAUACAGUUUUGAAAUACCCAGUUGGUUGCCAAAAUUCAGAUCGUCUGCAGACCUGCGAUAGUAUCUAUGUGUAUUAGUUGCGAGUUCAUUUGUGAUAAAAGCUGUGGUGACUAUCAACUUCCUUGUGAUUUAUUAAAUUUAGAAGUCCCAUUAAUGAUUGGAUUAAAAACACUAAAAAUUAUAUUUACAUUCGAGACUAAUAUUUAGGUAUUAAAUCGCCAUGAUUUAAAUUGACUGUGAUAGUGUACUAAAGAAAACUUAACAUAUUUUGGCUUGAAAAGGAAGGCAGUAGUGUGGACAAUUUAAGCAAUGGCGCGUCGUCCCGUGGACAUUACUGAAUAAGAUCUGUUUUAAAGUAUUUUAUAAUUUUAACUUAUUAAUUUCUAAGGUAUUACUUUAAACCAUCCUAGGGUAAGGUAACGUGAUCUGUGUAGUUUUCGUCAUUCUUGUGCAAUUUUUUAAUUUUACAACAGAUAUUUGGGAUCGAAAUAAAAAUGAUCAGUUGCAUUAGAUCUAUAAGUUGCAAAGUUGAAAAAUAGCUGUGCUUUUUUAAUUUUAGUUAUUACUAUUUUUUACUAUUUAUAUGAGUUAUAUUCUGGCUUAAAACCAUUUUUAUACUUUUGUUACUACAGUUUUCUCUGCAGUGCAGGGCUUAUUUAGAGCUACAUAGUUUAUUUUUAAUUGCGCUAAUACAAUAUAAGCAUUGUUUGUUUCCGAUGUGAGAUAAGAAACAGUUUUUUUUUCGAAAGAGAAUUAUUAUUUCAUUUAUGUAGUUCCUUGUGAAAUUAAUUCACAUAGUUGUACGAUAUAUCUAUUAAAUAUGUCUAUUUACGUGCAAUGAAUAUUGUUUUUUUCCGUUCGUUCAUUAUAGGCACUACUUUGUUGACGUCUUAAGCCACUUAAUCUUUUGCUUCCAAUUAAAUCUUAGAACUUGUCCGAGAUUCGAUAGUAAACCGUUUUUUUUUUUAUUUUAAUUCUUUUUAAACUGGUUCUAGAAUUUCCUCUUCUUCUUGAGGUGCUGUCGUCGUUGAUUUAUAUGAUACGUCGUCGUGCCAUCGUCGAUGAUUGUUAGAAUAAAUGACGCUUUAAGAAGCGUUUUUUUUUUUUUUUUUGAAACAGUCGAACUAAACAACUGAUUUGUUGUGCAUUCCUACCAGUUACGCAGAUUUUUUAACCAUAAAAAUUCUUCCUUCUUUACCUAGAUUAUCAGUUGUAUCAAUCUGUAUUUUUACCCAGUCAUAAAAUGUUCCAGAUACUGUAAUUUUUGUUAUUUUUUAAUUGUAAAAAUUAUUUCUUUUUCUUUAUUCAUCCGUCUCAGCACUAAUUUUUAGUAUUUAUCAUCUCAACAACCUGAUUUUAAGACCUAACUAACUGAUACUUUUUGUGCAGAAUAAUAUUUUUUUAUUUUCAUAAACCUUGAUUUUGUUUUUUUCUUAAUUCUAAUUCUUAUUUCCUAGGAGCAGUCAUUCUCUUUGUUGAUAAUGGUACCAACAUAGUUGUAUUUUUUUACCUAUUGUACUGCAUGCUUGUUUUUUUGUUAGUUAACAUAAAUUUAGUUUUUUAACCUCUAUUGUCAUAUUUGUUGUUAUUGCUUUGUUCACUAGAUUUUGUAAAACUUGAAAUGUACUUGCUAUCAUUACUGCAUCAUCAGAUUAUUAACUAUUAAAUUAUUAACUCCCCUUGUUUCAUUGCUUAAUGCAAUUCAUGAUUUCCUCCGAAUAAAGGUUGUUUAGUUAAAAUUAGAUUCUAAAAAAAUUUUUUACUGUUUUAUUCUUACUGUAUAGCCUUUACAUAGCAAUUGCAUUCGGGUUUGCAACAUCUUGGCAUAUUCCUAAAUUUCUAUUACUCUAUUUUACUUAUUGCAGCUUUUGUCCACAAAGCCGAUAUUUCUUAUGUCCUAUCUCGACCUGAAUUGUUACUGAAACUUUUAUUAUCCGUUCUUUCAUAUUCUGAUAUAUCUCUUAGAGACAAUGGAAAACCAUGAAUUUUUGCUUCCAUGCAUGGACAAUAAUUAAUACUUCCCUUAAAGAUAUAUCAAAAACAAACAACCCUGUACAUUUUUACUAUCGAUUCUCGUACUAGUUUAACAAUUUAAUACCUGAGUUUUCAGGGCUUGAUUAUAAAUUAUUGAAGCAAAAGGUACUCCUGACUAAACGAACAUUUUGAACUACUUAUGCAUAUGGUAGUCAUUUGAAAUAAAUAAAUAUUAUAAUGGCUCUAUAGAUACAAAAUAUAAAACCAUUUUUUAGUUUAUAUGUAUAUAAUUACAGGUUUUAUAUAAAGUUAAAAAUAAGUAAUAAAACUUAAAUAAAGUAUUUUUAUGUAAGUUUUAUUAUGUCCUACUAUGUUUAUGUAAUGUUAGUAAACUAUCUAUCAAUACUAAUAAAUUUGUGUGGAAAUUGCUUCAAAGCCUGAUAUUGCUGCUUAUAAUAAUCCCAAUAUUGUUAUUAAAAUACCUUGUUAAUUGUACAUGUACAUUCGGUAAAGCUCUAGCCUACAGGUGAUAUAAUAUAAAUUUCAGUAUUGUCUAUAUAGACUAAUGAAAUGUUGCUAGUAUGGUUUACUUCGAUUCGGAAGUCUUAUAUCGAUUAUAUAAGGUGAUUUAUAAAUGUAUGUAAAUUUACUUCUUGGUCAACUUGUACUUAGUGCUUAAAAAGACAUUGAAUUCAUUGCACCAUUUUGUAUACACAUUUGGCCACAUUUUAUUUCUUAUUAUCUUUGAAAUUCUGCUGUGGCCAGAUGUAUAUAGUCCGCCAAUAAAAGGACAUCUUUCUAUAAACUCUAGAGUAUUACAUGGAUGCCAUCUGGUGGAUUAUACACAUAUUACUUGUAAGAGAAUAUAUAUAUUUUUUACCAAACACGUUAUUACAAUAUUUUCUCCAAUAAACACAAAUUAAUUUUAACAUAAGAACAUUCCUUUAAACCUUAUUUAAGUGCUUAACUACACAUGCCAUAAUAUUAAAAUGUGAUUUCCUUUUUCGGUACUCGAGGACUGUUCUUAGAAGAUUAAAAUUCUUUUUGUAUUUACUGGGAUUUUCUACGUCUGUUUACUAUCAUCGACCAAUUCUCCACCUUAAAAUGGAUAUUCGCUUAAGUGGAAACAAAUAAUUGAUAAUUUUUGAUAGCCGUAGAAAAUACACUUUUAAUGUGACAUUUAUGUAAUUUUUAAAUCGUUUAUGUUUUUUUUUCACUUCUACAGAAAUGUCACAUUGAUACGUUUUUUUUUGAUUAUUUAGUCAUUUAUGCUUGUUUCCUUAAUUCAUGUUAAGAGGUCCAGUUGAACCACAAAAAGGCUUCUUAGUUUCGUUUGCUUUGUAUGGAAUCUAUUAGUUUACCAUUACAAUGCAUUCUACAGAGUCGAAUGUCAUACUCAUCCUGAUGAUGCCUUUAGAAGCAGAAACCGCUCUGCGAAGUUGUUAAAAGCAAUGUUCCUUGAAGGUUGUCUAUGCAUAAUCCAGGAGACAAGCAUUAAUGUUCGUUCCCUUAUUAAUUUGUGACUAAUUGUUACAUGAAUAAAUACCAUAUUAUUUGUAAUAUUAACUCAGAUAUUGAAUGUUUGUUCUAAUAUUUUGAUAUUUAUAAAUAACUGUUUUUAUUUCACAUAAAAUCCAUAAAUAAAAAGUAUUUAAAAUUU